GGAAUGGGCGCACUUGGGCUAGAACUAAGUGAGUUUCAGUGUGACAGAGGCAAGCAGGCAAAAACCGCUAGAUUUUGGGAAUUACGCAGGAACCGAAUCAGACAAUUUCACUUCUUGUCCGAACUGAUGUAUGUUUUUUUUUUCUCUCUCUCUUUUUUUGAUUUUAUGACACGUUUCUCAAGAUAGAAGUCUGAGACCUCCCAGAUCGGAGAAAAAAUACUGAGGAAAAACUGCGGUGCAACUGAAAAAAGUUUGUGAAUUACUUUUUCCUCUCCUUCUUCAUCCAGAUGACAGUGUGGCUUCAACUGUAGCUGUAACUACUCAGUACUGAAACUCUGCAACUUUUGGAAUAAUUUUAAGAGAUAACAGUAAACUGGACCCUCUCAAGUAUCCUGUAAGGGAAUAGAUUUUAAUACGACCAUCAACCUUUUAACAACAGAAUACCGCGUCUUUGUGUCCGCUGUGGAGUUUUGGAUGGACACAUCCCUUGGAUUUAUGAUCUUGACCAGACAGAGUUGUGCGCCAUGACAUAACAGGACAGUCUUGAAAAACCAAGGUGCUUAUUCCUGCUGCGAUAAUGAGACUUCAUACUUGAGAGGUGUCAAACUGAACAUCUUCCAAGUUUGCCAUAUUCAUUCAAGAGAAAAUCCCCCACCCCUAUCCUGUUCAAGACCUCUCAGAACUUCAUGGUGGAGAUAUGGGAUGACUGGAGGCGGAGGUGCAGCUGAGGUGAGAUCCAGCCGAAGGACAAUGUUUGCGCCCGGCGUUGGCAUCCCUCUGCUGCCGCGGCGUCUGGUGCUGAUGCUGCUGCUUGUGUUUGCCACUGAGCCGAGGCUCUCCCAGGCUUGUCCCGGGCUGAUCGCCUCUACGAGUGGCUGCAGCUGCACAGAUGAGCGGUCCAAAGCGCACGGUGGCGUCCAGGCGUUUGGAAGAAGAGUCAGCUGCAGCAAGGAGGAGCUGUCUGAACCUCCUGAUGCCAGUCUGCUGCCCAACAGGACCGUUACUCUGAUCCUGAGCUACAACAAAAUCCGAGUUCUGAAGAAUGGAUCCUUCUAUGGACUUUACACUUUAGAGAAGCUGGAUCUUAAGCACAACUUAAUCAGCACCAUCAUGCCCGGAGCUUUCCAAGGCCUGCCUGAGCUUCGGAAACUUGACCUAUCUAAUAACCGCAUUGGCUGCUUGGCUGCAGACAUGUUCCAGGGUUUGACCAAUCUCACAAAACUGAACCUCUCUUUCAACAUCAUAUCGACAGUGGAUCCGGGAGUAUUUCAGGAGCUGCCAUCCCUUAAGCUAGUGAACUUCAAUUCAGAAUACCUGUUAUGUGACUGUGGCCUACGCUGGGUCCCAGGCUUCUUUCGCAGCAGUUCAGCUCGGUUGGGGGAUGAAACCUUCUGUGCUUACCCCCGAAGCAUGAGAGGAAAGCCCCUGCGAGGACUAAGAGAAAGCCAGCUGAGCUGCGAUGGUCCUCUGGAGCUGCAUACCCUGUCUCUGCUUCCGUCCCAGCGUCAGGUGGUCUUCAAAGGUGAUCGGUUACCCUUUCACUGCACUGCUGCUUUGGUGGACAAAAUCACCACCUUGCACUGGCGGCAUAAUGGUCAGCUGGUGACCUCUGACCCUGAGAUGGGCGUCCAGCUGGAGAGCAGUGUGGUUCACGACUGCACCUUCAUCACCAGUGAGCUCAUUCUAUUCAAUGUACAUGUGGAAGCCAGCGGAGAGUGGGAGUGUGUGGUUUCUACCGGGCGGGGCAAUACAUCUAGGACUGUUGAAAUAGUGGUCCUGGAGAACAGUGCCUCCUUCUGUCCAGAGGACAAAGUUGUUAACAACCGGGGAGAGUUCAGGUGGCCAAGAACCCUGGCAGGCAUCACCUCCCAUCAGUACUGCCUGCAGCUGCGCUACCCUUCCCUGUCUGUGGAGGGAGGCAUGGAGCAGAAAAAAGCCUCUCGAUACUGUGACCGUUCAGGAAAGUGGCAGGAAGGAGACUACUCCAACUGUCACUACACCAAUGGCAUUACCCGUGUCCUGCAUACCUUCAUAUUGAGACCAAUCAAUGCAUCAAAUGCUGUCACCGUGGCACAUCAAGUGCGUACCUACACUCUGGAGGCUGCAGGCUUCACUGACUCAGUAGAUGUGCUUUAUGUGGCACAAAUGAUGGACAAGUUCAUGGAAUAUGUUGUACAACUUCGAGAGUUGUCAGAGGUGUUAGUAGAAAUGGGCAGUAACCUGAUGCAGGUGGACGACCAGAUCCUCGCUAUCGCCCAGAGAGAGAAGAGAGCCUGUAGCUCCAUAGUCUACUCUUUGGAGACUCUUGCCUGGCCUCAGUUACAUAGCCAUGCACAAGAUUUUUCUAUGGUAUCUAGGAAUAUUGUGAUGGAAGCCCAUAUGAUUCGACCAGCCCACUUCACUGGCUUUACCUGUACAGCAUAUCAGCGCCGUGAGGUUUUAAAAGGCAGCCUGGGAAUGGAAGUAGCAGAUACCACCCACGAACAACAGCUCCGCUUCCGCUGCAGUACUGGCGCCCAUAACACCUCACUAAACUAUUUUCCACCUUUUCUAAAGAAUUCAGUUGCUCUGGCCUCAGUGACACUCCCUGCUACUCUGUUCCCUCCUGAUGCUCCUACAGACUGUAAGCUUCAGUUCAUAGCCUAUAGAACUGGCAGCUUUUUCCCUGUAACAGGGAAUUCAAGUAAUGCUGGAGAACAUUCUCGCAGACGUAGUGUCAACACUCCAGUCAUCUUUGUUGGUCUAGAUGGUUGCAACAUGUGGAACCACUCCGAGGCCAUCUGGGUAUCACUUCGUCACUUGUCCCCUGGUACUGAUGCUGUGGCCGCUCAGUGGAGUCUUAAGGGUCAGGAAAAGCCAGGAGGCUGGAGCCAGGAGGGCUGCCAGCUUGUCCACAGUGACAGCAGCACUUCCACUAUGCGUUGUUCUGUACUGAGCAACUAUGCUGUGCUGCAGGAGGUGCCUGACUUUCCCAACUCUACAUCCAUCUCUGUGAGGGUGCUCCACCCUGUGGUCUAUGCCUGUACUGCAGUGAUUCUCCUUUGUCUCUUCACCACUAUCAUCACACACAUAUUACACCACAGUUCUAUUCACAUAUCAAGAAAGAGCUGGCAUACAUUACUGAAUACCUGCUUUCACAUUGCCAUGACAACAGCCAUCUACGCAGGAGGCAUCAGCUUAACCAGUUACCCAGUGGUUUGUCAAGCAGUGGGCAUUGCCCUGCACUACUCCUCGCUGUCGACCCUGCUGUGGAUUGGAGUCAGUGCCAGGGUCAUCUACAAAGAGGCUGUGUGGAGAAUGCCACGGCACCCAGAUGGAGAGACUCCUGCACCACCCACUCAGCGACCUAUGCUCAGGUUCUAUUUGAUAGCGGGUGGAGUUCCUCUUAUCAUUUGUGGAAUCACUGCAGCUGUCAAUGUCAACAACUACGGAGACAACAGCCCUUACUGCUGGCUGGUGUGGCGCCCCAGUCUGGGGGCUUUUUUUGUCCCUGCUAGCCUAGUCGUGUUUGUGACCUGGAUCUAUUUCCUGUGCACUGUGUUUCGCCUGAGGCACCGUGUAGCCAAAGAAUGCACAGGAACCACCCUGUCCUCUCCUGUGACUGAGAGCCAGCCUGCACUAGCUGGUAGUACCAGCCUCCUCUCCACAGACUCAGUGGUGGGCCCUAUAAGCCCUGUUGUGGUUCCAGAGGAUCAGUACUCACUGAAGACACAGUUCUUGGUGCUAGUGGCCACACACUUCCUGUUUGUGGUGCUGUGGUGCUGCGGAGCAAUGGCAGUGUGGUUGACAGGGCACACAAGCUUAUUGUUCAGCUGUCUCUAUGGGAUAACUGCCACACUUCUGGGUGCUUUACUGAUGGUGCACCACUGCUUUCGACGUUUGGAUGUGUUGGCCUCAUGGCAAGCAUGUUGUCCAGGGUCUCAGCGCCCACAUCCCAUCUCUACGUACACACACACCUGCACAACAGGGAGUGGAGUGCAGACCUCUGAGCAGGGAUCUCAGCUGUUCAUCAAUUGCCAUCCACCUGGUGACUCCCACAACUCUUCAUCAGCCAGGUCAUCAUCCACACCAAGUGGCAUCAGCAGUGUGGCCCCCAGCCCCUGCAAGCUCACCAACCUGUUGCAGGUUGCACAAGACAAUUCAAAUAACACUGCACGUGGUCCAGCAGGCAACAACACCAGCACCAGUACUGACAACAUCACCAAGCCCACGAACAAUAUCAUGCCUCCCAUUAACUCUGCAGCUCCCGUGCAUCCCCAAAGAAGAAAGGUUAGUAGCAGAACUAAACAAGGGAACAGCCAGUAUCACCACCGUGGUGAGGGCAGAGGUCACUACCGUCUCAAAGCACUAAGGACUGCUGGAGGUGGUGGCAGCCUCGGAGCUUUAGGGCCCACAGGUUUGGAUCACCUCAGUUCUUCACAUGCAGUUUACAAACAGGCCACAAGUGAAAAUGGCAGCAUCCACCACAGUCUCUCCGAGAGCCAGGCUAGCCCGCUAACUAACGGGAAGCGGGUUGGAGAAUCAGUGGCCACUAGUCCCUCAGAAGGAAGUGAUGGGGGCAGCAGCGGGAGCCGCAAACCAUUUCCCUUGCUUCCCUCUAUGGCCAGCAGAGCAAACAUGCACAAUGCCCAGAGACGAUGCGCCAGCAGAGACAAUUUGAAACUGGCAGCUGCUGCAGAGAGGGACAAUAAGCGCUGCUCUUACCCUUUAAACAGUGUCACCACCACUGUGCCAGGGGCUGCAGCUGCAAACGGCACACUCAAAAACUCUGUGCUAGAUCUGGAACAGGACAUGAGUGGCACAGACCAAUCCCACAGCUCUGCUGGAAUGAAAAGUGGUUUGUGGAAGAGUGAAACUACAGUGUAACCUAUACUCACUUGUGAUCCUCUAUGCAUGACCAUAACAGACUUUUAAAAGAUUGGGUUAUGUUUAAAUGGUCUUUUGAUUAUAAUAAUUAUAUAAUUUAAGAUAGAAAAUCAUGAAGGCAUCCAGGACCAUAAACUGGUACUUUGGCCUUUGUAGCAUUGUAAAAGUUUGCUGUGAAAUGGUUCCAAUUAAACGGCAGGUUUUUUUUUUUAUUGUCAUUUUACAAAGAAAGAUACUCAUUUAUUUUCUUCAUUUUACAAAAAUGUGCAAGAUAUUGCUGAAAUUGGCAUAUGAUGUUGAUUUUGGACUUUGUAUGGAAGCUUUAUUGUUUUACUUGUGAUUUUUCAGUGCAUAUCAACUAUAGCAUGAAAUGGAAUGCAAAAUAGUCCAUUUCCAAAAAUCCAGCUAAAUGCAUUUAAUCUGUGGACAACCUUUCACCCUUAUGUUUGCUGUCAUUGUUUGGUUGUGCUCAUGUAUGCAGUUGUAUGUUUAGUGUAUGUUUGAGUGUAUGUACUAUAUGUGCAUGCAUUUUGUUUGUGUGUGUUUGUAUGUAUGCACAUAGAGUGACUGCAUGUUUGUCGAUGUACAGAAUCUCUGGGUGAAUUAAAAAAGCUAUGCCAGACUUUUCAA